AUGAAGUACAAAACCUGCGUCGCUGCUCUGAUCCUUACCUCUAUGUGCCGCGUUACUGGGCAUCCAAUUCUUGACCAUCGUGGCAAGCAGCUAGAUUAUGCAUCUAACAUUGAGAAAUCUCAGAAAGGUCCUCAACAACAAGGCGUGAAUAAACUUAUGCCUGAUAGCCAAGCAAUCCGGGCCAUCCUCAAUAUCCCAGAGAUUCCUCGACUUCCCAGACAGGUCGGUGGUGCAGGCGGUUCUGCAGGAGGAGGUACUGGAGGAGGAUCUGCUGGGGGAUCUGGAGGAGGUUCUGCUCCUGGAGGGUCUGCCGGUGGAGGUACAGGUGGGGGAGCAGUCGGAGGUUCUGGUGGGGGAGCUGGAGGUUCAGCUGGUGGAGGAACAGGAGGGGGCUCUGCAGGUGGUGGUGGAGGAGGUGCAAACUCCGGAGGGUCUGCUGGUGGUGGUACUGGUGGAGGUGCAGUUGGAGGAUCUGGUGGAGGAGGAGGUGGGCACUCUAAGAGAGGUUUCCUUAUUGUUUCUAGACAGGAAUCUCCAGGAGGUUCUGGAGGUUCAGCUGGUGGAGGUACAGGUGGGGGGUCUGUUGGUGGGACAGGCGGAGGAGGUGGAGGAGGCUCUGCUGGUGGUGGUACGGGAGGAGGAUCUGCUGGAGGAACUGGAGGCGGAAACGGAGGUGGUUCUGCAGGAGGAGGAACUGGGGGCGGUGCAGCUGGUGGUUCUGGAGGUGGUAAUGGGGGUGGAUCUGUUGGAGGGGGUACAGGAGGUGGUGGCGCUGGGGGCUCUGGCGGAAGUAAUGGAGGAGGCUCAGCAGGUGGAGGAAGUGGUGGAGGUGCUGUUGGUGGCUCUGCUGGAGGGGGAGGUUCUACUAGAGGAAGCACUGGGAGUGCUAGAAAUGGAGUAUUAUUUUAG